GAGGCUGCGACCGCGGCGGGAUGCUCUCGCUCUACGCGGAGCAGAACCCAGCGCACACGGAUCGCGCGCGCGCGAGCCCCAGACUCUUCGGAACUGAGCGAGCGUGCCUGCCCCCUCCACAUCCCAUUCUCACCAUGGCUCCUGGAGAGAAGAUCAAAGCCAAAAUCAAGAAGAAUCUGCCGGUGAGGGGGCCCCAGGCGCCUACCAUCAAAGAGCUGAUGCGGUGGUACUGUCUGAACACCAACACCCACGGCUGUCGCCGCAUUGUGGUGUCCCGCGGCCGCCUGCGGCGCCUGCUCUGGAUUCUGUUCACGCUCACCGCCGUGGCCCUUAUCUUCUGGCAGUGUGCUCUCCUCGUGGCCUCCUUCUACACCGUCUCUGUCUCCAUCAAAGUCCACUUCCAGAAGCUGGAUUUUCCUGCUGUCACCAUCUGCAACAUCAACCCUUACAAGUACAGUGUGGUGCGGGACCUUCUAGCUGACCUGGAACAGGAGACCAGAGUGGCCUUGAAGACCCUGUAUGGCUUUCCGGAGAAUACGUCUCGAAGACGCCGAGAGGCAGAGUCCUGGAAUUCGGAUUGGGAGAGCACCCGGCCCAAAUUCCUCAGACUGGUCCCACUGAUGGCUUUCAGUCAGGAUGAGACCGGCGAGGUCAGGGACUUCCUCACGGGGCGGAAGCGGAAGUUCAGCGGACGCAUCAUUCACAAGGCGUCAGAUGCCAUGCACGUCCACGGGUCUAAGGAGGUGGUGGGAUUCCAACUGUGCUCAAAUGACACGUCCCACUGUGCCCUCUACACCUUCAGCUCAGGCGUCAAUGCCAUCCAGGAGUGGUACAAACUCCACUACAUGAACAUCAUGGCGCAGGUCCCUCUGGAAAAGAAGAUCAACAUGAGCUACUCUGCCGAGGAGCUGCUGGUCACCUGCCUGUUUGACGGGGUGUCUUGCGAUGCCAGGAACUUCACGCUUUUCCACCAUCCAAUGUAUGGGAAUUGCUACACGUUCAACAACAGAGAGAACGAGACUAUCCUCAGCACGUCCAUGGGGGGCAGCGAAUAUGGGCUUCAGGUCAUCUUGUACAUAAACGAAGAGGAGUACAACCCCUUCCUGGUGUCCUCCAGUGGGGCUAAGGUGAUUGUCCACCGACAGGAUGAAUACCCCUUCGUCGAGGAUGUGGGGACAGAGAUCGAGCCUGCCAUGGCCACUUCCAUAGGGAUGCACCUGACGGAGUCCUUCAAGCUGAGCGAACCCUACAGCCAGUGCACGGAGGACGGGAGCGACGUGCCCAUCAGUAAUAUCUACAACGCGGCAUAUUCCCUCCAGAUCUGCCUUCACUCGUGCUUCCAGACGAAGAUGGUGGAGAAAUGCGGGUGCGCACAGUACAACCAGCCUCUGCCUCCAGCAGCCAACUACUGCAACUACCAGCAGCACCCCAACUGGAUGUACUGCUAUUACGAGCUGCACCAAGCCUUUGUCCGGGAGGAGCUGGGCUGCCAGGCCGUGUGCCGGGAAGCCUGCAGCUUUAAGGAGUGGACACUGACCACCAGUCUGGCACAGUGGCCAUCCGUGGUUUCCGAGAAAUGGUUGCUACCCGUUCUCACUUGGGACCAAGGCCAGCAAAUAAAGAAAAAACUCAACAAGACAGACUUGGCCAAACUCUUGAUAUUCUACAAAGACCUGAACCAGCGAUCCAUCAUGGAGAGUCCCGCCAACAGUAUCGAGAUGCUUCUGUCCAACUUCGGGGGCCAGCUGGGCCUGUGGAUGAGCUGCUCUGUCGUCUGUGUCAUUGAGAUCAUUGAGGUCUUCUUCAUCGACUCCUUCUCUAUCAUUGCCCGCCACCAGUGGCAGAAGGCCAAGGAUUGGUGGGCCAGGAGGCACGCUCUCCCCGGCCCUCAGGGCCAGGACAACCCAGGCCUCGAUAUAGACGACGACCUGCCCACUUUCACCUCCGCGUUGCGCCUGCCUCCAGCCCCAGGGACCCAGGUGCCGGGCACACCGCCUCCCAGAUACAAUACCUUGCGUUUGGAGAGGGCCUUCUCCGACCAGCUCUCAGAUACCCAGAUACCAGCUGAGUCCUGAGGCAAGGAGGUGAAGAAAGAUGUAGCUAGGAGCCCCGGCCACGGUCUGAGAACUUAGACCCUGUCUCCUGCACGUGGAGGGGACCCUUGGCACCCGCUCUGGGCUUUUCAGAGACAAUGACUAAAAGUCUCCUUUGAUCAACAACAUGGGGCCUGGGUGUGUGCAGCAACCCCCUGGACCCUGCCCAGUCCAGGGCGAGAAAGAUCCGGCCGCCCAAACCCCUCACACAUCCGCUCCAGAGAGAGAUGGGGGUCGAGGAAAUGGUGCCUGGCCGGCCGAAGGCCAGGAGGAAGCCUGACAGAGAUCUCACCAGGUCUUGAGAGAGAGAGAGAGAGACUCCUCCAAAGCCGCAAGGCGGGAGUUUCACCCGCUCCUCCGGCCUGGGCUGGGGCCCAGCCUUACGACGACCUGAAGUAGCAAGGGCGGACAGCCACUGCCUAGUGCCAAAGUCAGGAAGAAACACCAGCCCCCGUGCUGGGGCUGUUUGCGGAUAAACUGUUCUUAGUCUCUGACAUUGGGGCAAGGUCUCUCCUCGGUGCCCUCAGGCAGGGAGCUGGCCCGAGGUCCUUGGAGUGUGUGGGGGUGAGUGUAGUGGGGGGAGGCCUGAGGGCAUGACGAGCUCCUCACUCUGGGAGCAUGGGUGGGGCCACGUUCUGAGCAGCUAAGCCAGUGGCCCGGGCCCAUUACCCAAGCACAGAAAGGCCCAUGAAAGGGCCUUGCUGGACACCCCUGUCCAGCGGUGGCCCAAGGCGCCAAGGAUCAUUGGAUAACUCGUCGCAGCCUCUCUUCCUCCCAGGCAGCCCACCCCACCCCCUCAUGGCCUGCCCCUCCCCAGCAAGCCGACUUACCGCAGAUAGCCAUUCCUGGACUCACACUUUCCAACGUGAUAAUGCCUAACAUGAAUUAGGCACACAGUAGGUGUCCAAUGAUAGCUCAGCAGCAGCGUGCUGAGUGCUGUUCUAAGCACUUACAGACAUGACUGUCGGGGACAGCAAACUGCAACCCACAGGCCAGAUCCUGGUUUUGCUCAUGACCUAGGAAUAUUUUUUAUUUCACUUUUCUCAAUGGUUAAAAAGAUCAGAAGACGACUCUUUUGUGACUCAAGAAAAUUAUACAAGGUUUCAUUUUCAGUGUCCAUCAAUAAAGUUUUAUUGGCACACA